CGGCUGAUCCAAAACUAAUAUCAAAAAAACGCGUUGGUAAUUCUCAAAAUGAUCCAGCAUUAAUGAAUUCAAUUGAUGGAGAAGAUUAUAUAGACUUUGAUAAUCCUAAUUCAAUGUUUGAUAAUGCUGAUUCCGGCGGUUUGAUUUCACAAUAUGAAAAUCCGGCUUCCAAGUUAAAAGAAAAAUUUAAUUUUGCUUCGUUCGAUUGUGGUGCUUUAGUUUUAAAAUCUAAUCCUGAAGCAAAAGGCGCCAUUUCACUUCUAUAUGAAAAAUCUUUGGCUAUGGCAAAUUUCGAAUUUUUUUCUUCGACAUUCAAGGAUUUUAAAAUAUCUAUUAGCAAAUGGUAUCCUGCAAAGGAAGGUUGGAAAGUUAUAGGCGAAUAUAGAGCAAAAAAUUCAAGGGAAUUACAAGUUGAAGAUCCAGUGAUGUUUGCAAAGUAUCUUCGUAUAGACUUUCUGACCCAUUAUGGACACCAACAUUACUGUCCAGUAAGUUUGCUUCGAGUUCAUGGCUCAAAUGAAUAUGAAAAGUGGAAAAGAGAACAAGAAGAGAUUGAAAACCAAAUUAAACAAUCCCAAAGUCAAGAAACUGUCUCAUCAUCUGAAUUUUCUCAUGAUAUUAAUAUUGGUGGAACUAAUUUAAGUGAUGACAAUUCUAGCCUUUUAAUACCAACCACACCUGAGACUAAAGAAAAGGAUUCGGUAAAUGAGUUACCGAGACAAUCGAAUAGCCUUCCAGGAUUAACGGAGCAUCAAUCCAGUCCGGAAAUUGAAGAUAAAACUAAGGUCGAGAAUGAUCUUGCACCUUUAACAUCUGUUGACUUGUGUCCAAUAAACGAUGUUCAGUUGUUCAAAGACAAAUCAUGUUAUCCUACGGUUCCUCUAAUUGACCAAUACUUUCAAUCAAACAAUAUACACCCGGACGAAUCCCUAUUGUUCCCAGGAGUAUGUACAAUUGAUAUGUGUCCACUAUAUGUGACCGAAUCCGAUCUAGUAUCUAUAGAAGAUAUAAAUAGUCUCAUUGAACAUAAAAGGCAGAUGCAUUUAAUGAAUUUGGAAACAAAGUCGAAACAUCGUUUACUGUCAUCAACUAUAUCUACGCAGAAGCCAUCAUCAAUACCAAAGAUUUUCAAAGAUGAUAUGGGUGAUGUUUUCGUAUCUUCAUAUCCAGAUGGUGGCAGACAUUCAAAUGGUCAAGAUAGUAUUUUUAAAACUAUUAUGACACGUCUUAAUAAACUUGAACAUGAUACAGAAUUAUCUAAUCGUUAUAUAAGAAAUAUGCUUAAAGAAACCUUAAUAGCAAUAGAUACAUCACAAUCACAGCACAUAAUGUCCAUGUGGAAUCAAAUCAAUGAGACAAAAAAUGGAUAUGAGCAAUUAGUAAUAGAAUCUAUUACUCAAAUUAAGGCCACGCAAAAUCGUCAUGACGAAGAAUUAAAGAAUGUUACCUCAGAUUUACAUCAUUUAGUAGCAGAG